AUGAUAUUUAAAGUGAGUUAUAGUGGCAAUGCAACGCUCGGAAGAGGGUUUAAUACCUAUUCCGGAGAGUGUAAGAUGUCUAAAGCAGUCGAAUGGUCCAACGAACUGGAUUUUGCUACUACUAAAAGCAAUGUAACAAUAAUUAAAUCAAAUACUUUUAUAAGAUAUAUCGAAAAUAUUACAGAGUUUUGUGAAUUCUUUGGCAUUAAAAAUUUGGAAGGUUUCAAGCUUUCGGCUUUAGAUUUUACUGAGUUAAAAUUCAAUUUUAUUGGAGGCUCCAGAUCAAUUAGGUUUCAAGAUGUAGUAGAAGCUUCAACCAUCGUUGCUUUAUGUACUGAAGUGGAAGUGAAAGAUAAUGAAACAAAUUUUUCUGGAAAUAAUAAAGCUUUAACCUCGGAAUUAUUAAGCUUUGCAAAGCAAUGUAAUAAUUCUGCAGAUUUUAUAAAAAAGUACGGUAAUGGAUUUAUUUCCGGAAUCCAUAAGGGAGGGGUGUUUCAUGGACUAUUAAUUGUCAAAAGUACUAAGGGGGCUAAAUUAGAAAAAAUAAAAGAAAGCAUUAAAACUAUGAAUAACAUUCUUUCCGGGGAGGAUAAAACAAAUAUUGAACAUUUGCAAGAGAUAUUUGAUCAUUGCGAAUAUUAUACAUAUUUCAACCAUAUUGGUGGUGAAAAUAUAGAAAUAAAAUAUUUGAAUUUUGUAACAAUAUUCAAAGAAGCUAUAAAAUUUAAGGAUUCGGUUUUGUUAAAUCCUGCAGUCAUAUAUGUUGAUGUUACCUAUUAUGAAGAAAUGCCAGAAUUUAACCAAUUAGGUCUUAAAUAUUUAAAAUAUGAUAGUACAUUAUUAAAAAAUGUUACAGCAACAGUAAAGCUUAUUUACGAAUAUAACCAACUAUCAAUUAUGAUAGAAAAAACGAAAAAUGAUUACAUUGAUCGUUUAGAAAGUGAUAAUGUACCUAAUUAUAUUAAAAUCAUUCAUGGAACUGGGUGGCGGGAAUAUAUCAAAAAACUACCUUCAAAAUUUAUCAAUUACAACAAACAUUUGAGAAUUUCGGAUGAUGGAUUAAAAGUCGAAAAUAUAGGUGAAGAGGCUGGUACUGCUAGUGCGGAUGUACCUAUUCCUGCAAAAAUUAAAUUAUUUUAUUAUGAAACUGUGAUUGUUCAUAGUAGUGACUGCACUAAAAUAGGUAUUGGGAUGUGUAAAGAUGCUGCUUAUAUAAAUGAAAUGCCCGGUAAAUGUGACCAUUCUUCAGGAUAUUAUGGAUGUGGAAGCUUUUAUUAUAAUGGACAAAAGGUCGAUACUUUAGAAGAAUUUACAACAGGAGAUAUUGUUGGAUAUGGAUAUAAUUUUGUUAAAAAUAAACAUUUGCUUACAAAAAAUGGUAAAAAACUAAAAAUAAAGUUCGCAAAUUUGGGGUUAAAUAUUGGGUCAUUCAGAAAAAAUUUUAAAAUUUUCACCUCAAAUUUAUAUUAUCCUGUUAUUGGGAUUGGAUCAAAAGAUUCUGAAGUUAUUAUAAGACUUGAUGAUAUUGCGUACAAUAUUGAGGAUUAUAUUGCAAGAAAAUCAUUUAAAUAA